UUUUUAGUUUGAGGAAUGUUGUGUCCAAUAACCAGACUCAGAAGGGACUUCCCUGCUCAGCUGGCUCCGGGUUUCUCUGCUCACCUCCGGAUAAACUACGGCGUUUCCCACGCCGCGCAUGGAGCCUCCCGGCCGCCGCGAGCGUCCCUCUCCUUCCCGGCGCUUUCCUGGGUUGCUUCUGGCAGCCCUGGUGUUGCUGCUGUCCUCCUGCUCCGAUCAAUGCAAUGCUCCUGAAUCGCCUCCAUUUGCCAGGCCUAUCAACCUAACUGAUAAGUCCGAGUUUCCCGUUGGGACGUAUUUGAGAUAUGAAUGCCGCCCUGGUUAUUACGGAAGACCAUUUUCUAUUGUCUGCCUAAAAAACUCAGUCUGGACAAGUGCUACGGACAGCUGCACACGUAGAUCAUGUCGUAAUCCUUCAGAACCUGUGAAUGGCAUGGUGCAUGUGAUCAAAGACAUUAAAUUUGGAUCCCAAAUUAAUUAUUCUUGUAAUAAAGGAUACCGACUCAUUGGUUCCUCGUCUGCCACAUGCAUCGCCUCAGGCAAUACUGUCAUUUGGGAUAAUAAAACACCUCUUUGUGAGAUAAUUCCCUGUGGGCUACCCCCCACCAUCGCCAAUGGAUAUUUCAUUAGCACCAACAGAGAGCGUUUUCACUACGGAUCAGUGGUGACCUACCGCUGCAAUCCUGGGAGCGGAGAGAGAAAUGUGUUUGAGCUCGUGGGUGAGCCCUCCAUAUACUGCACCAGCAAAGAUGAUCAAGUGGGCAUCUGGAGCGGCCCGGCCCCUCAGUGUGUCAUACCUAACAAAUGCAUGCCUCCAAAUGUUGAAAAUGGAGUAAUGGUAUCUGACAACAGAAGCUUAUUUUCCUUAAAUGAAGUUGCGGAGUUCAGGUGUCAGCCUGGCUUUGUCAUGAAAGGAUCCCCCCGUGUGCAAUGCCAGCCCCUGAACAAAUGGGAGCCAGAGUUACCAAGCUGCUCCAGGGUAUGUCAGCCACCUCCAGAUAUCCUGCAUGGUGAGCAUACCCAAAGGGACAAGGACAACUUUUGGCCUGGCCAGGAAGUGUUGUACAGCUGUGAGCCCAGCUAUGAUCUCAGAGGGGCUGCUUCUCUGCACUGCACACCCCAGGGAGACUGGAGCCCUGCAGUCCCCAGAUGUGAAGUGAAAUCCUGCAAUGACUCCCUGGACCAACUUCCUAAUGGCCGUGUGCUGUUUCCACCUAAUCUCCAGCUUGGAGCAAAAGUGGACUUUGUUUGUGACGAAGGAUUUCAAUUAAAAGGCAGCUCUGCUAGUUAUUGCGUCUUGGCUGGAAUGGAAAGCCUUUGGAAUAGCAGUGCUCCAGUGUGUGAACAAAUCUUUUGUCCAAGUCCUCCAGAUAUACCUAAUGGGAGACACACAGGAAAACCUCUGGAAGUCUUUCCCUUUGGAAAAGCAGUAAACUACACAUGCGACCCCCACCCAGACAGCAGGAAGACCUUUGACCUCGUUGGGGAGAGCACCAUCCGAUGCACAAGUGACCCCCAAGGAAAUGGGGUUUGGAGCAGCCCUGCUCCUCACUGUAGAAGUCUGGGUAAAUCAUGUAAAACUCCUUCAGAUCCAAUGAAUGGCGUGGUGCAUGUGAUCACAAACAUCCAGGUUGGAUCCAGAAUCAACUAUUCUUGUAUUACAGGGUACCGCCUCAUUGGUCGGUCAUCUGCUGAAUGUAUCAUCUCAGGCAAUACUGCCCACUGGAGCACAAAGCCACCAAUUUGUCAACAAAUUCCUUGUCGGCCGCCCCCCGCCAUCGCCAAUGGAUAUUUCACUAGCACCAACAGGGAGAUUUUUCACUAUGGAUCAGUGGUGACCUACCACUGCAAUCCUGGAAGCAGAGGGAGAAAUCUGUUUCAGCUCGUGGGUGAGCGCUCCAUACACUGCACCAGCAAUGAGGAUCAAGAGGGCGUCUGGAGCGGCCCGGCCCCUCAGUGCAUUAUACCUAACAAAUGCAUGCCUCCAAAUGUUGAAAAUGGAAUAAUGGUAUCUGACAACAGAAGUUUAUUUUCCUUAAAUGAAGUUGUGGAGUUCAGGUGUCAGCCUGGCUUUGUCAUGAAAGGUUCCCCCCGUGUGCAAUGCCAGCCCCUGAACAAAUGGGAGCCAGAGUUACCAAGCUGCUCCAGGGUGUGUCAGCCACCUCCAGAAAUCCUGCAUGGUGACCAUACCCCAAGUGAUCAGGACCACUUUUCACCUGGACAGGAAGUGUUCUACAGCUGUGAGCCCAGCUAUGACCUCAGAGGGGCUGCUUCUCUGCACUGCACACCUCAGGGAGACUGGAGCCCUGAAGCCCCCAGAUGUGCAGUGAAAUCCUGUGAUGACUUCCUGGGCCAACUCCCUCAUGGCCGUGUGCUGUUUCCACUUGAUCUCCAGCUUGGAGCAAAGGUGUCCUUUGCUUGUGAUGAAGGGUUCCGAUUAAAAGGCAGGUCUGCUAGUCAUUGUGUUUUGACUGGAAUGAAAGCCCUUUGGAACAGCAGUGCUCCAGUGUGUGAACAAAUAUUUUGUCCAAAUCCUCCAGCUAUCUUUAAUGGGAGUCACACAGAAACUCCCCUUGGAGAUAUUCCCUAUGGAAAAGAAGUAUCUUACACAUGCGACCCCCACCCAGGCAGAGGGAUGACCUUCAACCUCAUUGGGGAGAGCACCAUCCGCUGCACAAGUGACCCUCAAGGGAAUGGGAUUUGGAGCAGCCCCGCCCCUCGCUGUGAACUUUCUGCUCCUGCUGGUGUACAUAAUGCUCUCAUCAUCGGUAAGUUUUAUGAAGGGUUUGCUGAGGAGUUUUGGCAUCUUUAACAAGAAGUGCCUACCUAUAAUGAAUGAAAUGUAAAAAGAGAGAUCAAGAUAUCUUGAGUUGUAAGUUCAACUAGAAAGAAAAUAAUGAUGAGUUUAGGCCAGGAUAUGGUGAAACUAGCAUCGUCAUAUGCAUACUGAGGAACCUUCAUCAAAGGCUCUUUACUGUCUUUGAACCAUUACAAAUGAAUAGUCAUUCAU